AUGAGCAGCACCCAAGCACAGGAGAACAAAGACAUACUCGAACUUAUUAUUAUAAACCUCAUCGCCAUUUACGUCAGCUUUUCCCACUACGAAAGUGGACUGCUAUAUAUUUCAAUCCCUAACGGCUUGUUGGCCUUCAACGACAAUCGCAGAUAUGCUGAAAAUCUUCUAAAUGCCAUCUACCGGAAACUUAAUGCCAAUCCAAGCAACUCAGACACCUCUAACAACGCGCUUUUAAGAAAUCUACACGAGCUUGUGCAACAAUGUCGAAACAACCUUAACCAUCAAUCUUCCGAUAUAUCCUUUGACGAUGCGCCAAGCCACAAUCUGAGCAAGCAGCAGAUUCUUCGGGAUCUAAGCGAGUUGGAACGUCUCGGGGUUUCUCACUACGCAAACAAUCUGGAGAGGCAAAUUAGAGUUGGUUGCGGGAUCACUUGUGGCCUGCGCCGCCAAAUACUUGUUAUUGGUGGACAUUCACUGGUCCAGUCAGCCUGGCUGAUCUGUGAUCGAAAUAAGAGGUUCCCCCCUCCGCCUCCUGGUCUCAGUUCUCAAUUCAAUCAACUCCAAACGUUCAUCACCGAACAAAGGACGAAGAUUUGGACGAGACUCGAUAUCCUUGGAAACCAAAUCAACCAGAUCUUGUCCCUUAUCGUCAACCCGACCUCUGAAGAGCACGAUUCAGACGAAGGUCAACAUAUGGAUAUCGGUAGCGCUGCUGAGCUGCUCACAGAGAAGCCAGAGGAGCUUGAUUGA